AUGUAUAAUGAGCGUUUUACCAGUGCUGUGGGAAUUCCCAAGCAGGAUGACACCAUCUUCGAACUUCGUAUUAAUUUGUGUCCCCGACUCACACCUUUAAGUCCCCGGCCUGGUGCGAGCAUCCUAACAGGAGGCAAAGAUCCCAAAUCGCCAAUUGCACGUUGGGCGCGGCCCUUCCGUCAGCAGGUGUCUUCAGAGGUCGACGCCUGGCACGCAGCAGGUGCUCCCCAAACGUCCAGUCCCUCGUCGGCUUUCCUCGGUUCCCCGUCCACCCCCAGACGCCUCUCCUCGGACACCGGGCACUGUCCCCAAGGAGAGCCGCUCUCCCUGGCGGGGCCUGGCCGUGCGCCCUCCCGGCAGCUCCGCGGCCGGCUCGGCAGGCGCCUCCCGGAGGCCUCCUACGUGCGCGCGGGGCUGCGGGGCUCCCGGGGCUUCCAGAGCCACCCGGACAGGCGGGAGCAAGGACGGCUGCGGCCGCGCGCUCGUCCCACCCCUGGGCUGCACGGCGGGCCUCGCGGAGGGAGGGCCGGGCGCCCCCUCGCACCUGCCGCCCCGCGCCCGGCCAGGACCCGGAGGCCCGUCCGUCCCGGCGCCCCCGGGGGUGCGGCUCCCGCGGCUCCCGCGGCUCCCGCGCUCCCGGCCCCCGCGCGCCCCCUCCCGGGAGGCGGGUGCCGGGGAGCCCCGCCGCCGCCCCGCGCGCAGCGGCAGGCAGCAGGCAGCAGGCGCCCGGCCGGCCGGGAGGGGGUGCUCGCCUCCCCGCGCCCGGGCCCGCGCGUCGCCGAGCAGCGCCCCGAGGCUCCGGAGGGGGCGGAGCGGCGAGGCCGGCGUGCGGCUGGCGGCCCCCGUCCGCCGAUCCGGCCCCGGCCCGGCCCGCCCCCGCCCCCGCCCCCGCCUCGCCGGCCUCCCUCCGCGCCGGUGCGCGGCGCCCGGUCCCCGUCCCCGUCCCCGUCCCCGUCCCGGUCCCCGCCGCAGCCGCAGCAGCGGCCGCCCCUGCCGGGCCCGAGAGCGCCGCGCCGCGAGGCCGGGCCGGGACCGCCGGGGGCGCGGCGCCGACGCCGAGGCGCGGCCAUGGAGGGGAAGCCCCGCGCCGGGGUCGCGCUGCUCCCGGGGCCGAGCGGCCGCGGCCCUUCCGCCCUCCGCGCCCGCCGCCGCCCCGGGCUGCUGCUCCCCGGCCUCUGGCUGCGGCGGCGGCUGCUGCUGCUGCUGCUCCUGCUGGCGCGGCCGGCCUCGUGCGCCCCAGAUGAGCUCUUUCUGGAACAGCAAAACCUCUCUUUAUCCUCCGUGGAGCUCAUGAUGAAGAAAAGCACCGUGCACAGCACUGCACACGUGGCCUUAACAGAAACUGCCCCAGGGUCCCAGCAAAGCAGUUCUCUCCACGCCAUAUCAUCUCCAUCCGCCACUAUUUUUGAUACAAUCUUUUUUAACCAAGGAGCCCUGACCCAGAGUAUAGCCGAUCACAGCAUCUUUGUGGCAAAUUAUGUGUCGGUAACGAGCCACGCGGUGGUCAGAGAUGACGACGAAAUGGAUAACUUUUUGCCAGAAACGCCCUGGACCACUUCCCGCGUGGUGUCUCCGAUUGGGGAUCUCCCAGGCAGCCCGCUACUGCUGACCCCGUCUCCCCCCAUUUCUUCUUUACAAGACAAACAGGUGACAUCGGCCUGGCCAAACACGAUGCAACGACCAGCCACGUCCACCGACGAUGCCACCGGUCAUUUCAGUGCUUUCUGGUCAGCGCUUCCCGCAUCCGAGGGCCUACUUCCGACCCCCAGUAGGAAUUUGGUGCUGUAUCCUCCUGACCCUUACGGGCGCUCGGCAAGCAGGACUUUGCCAGGGACCGCGGUGUGGGGAGCAGAGGAGGCAGAGAGCCUUCUUUCUAGCUCGCUGGCUGCAGGGCCUCUGCUCUUGGGCGGCGGCACCCAGCAACCUUUUCCGCCCUGGGAGGAGGCCUCCCUGCCUCCGGAGGACGGCCUGGGCCCAGGCCUGGACAGAUACCCCGAUGCGGCCGCCGCUCUGAGUCUCGGUCUCCAAGAGGCCGGCCUUCCGGGAGCAGCCCCUGCUGCGGCUGUGGCACCGACGGCGCCGGCUUCCAGAAGCAGCAGCAGCAGCAGCAGCACAAGCUCGCCUUCCCUCUCCUCUGCUGUCGCCUUCUUGGCCCCUUCGCCGCCGCUGGCUGAGGUAUCUCGUGGCCCCCAUCCGGCCGGCAGCUCCCGAGAGUCGUCAGAGCUGUCAGAGCUGCCCGGCCCGUCCCUGCUGCUCUCCCGAGUCCUGGCCACCCAGGCCCCGAGCCCCGUGGCGUCGCUCGGGCCGCACUCGUGGCGCGCCUGCUGCCCUGUGGCGUCGCCCGGGCCCAGGCCGGCGGCCAGCCUGCCGGACGGGGAGGCCGCGGGGUCGGGGGACGGCGCCGAGCCCCUGACGUUGAGCCCGCCAGGAGCCAGCGGCCCCCCUCCCGCGGGCAGCGGAGCGGCGGGCUUCUCGGAGCUCGAAGAAGAGCCCCAGGACUUUAACACCCUCUUCCCCUCGCGGCCCGUCGUCCCGCUGUCCUCUCCCUCCGGGGGCGCCUCAGGACCGGUCCCGGCAGCUUCUGCUGAGGAGGGCCUGAGGAGCGUCGGGACCACACGGCCGUGUCCUUCCGGUGGCCACCUCGCCACGCCAGCGUCCCCCACUCCCGCUCCCUUGGGCUCCUCCUCUGUCCCCGACACCGACACCGCUGUCACAGCGUCGGGGGUGACAGCCGCGGUUCCCUGGGCCACCAGCCGUGCACUCCCCGCCUCCUCCCUCCCGGGCGCCGCAGGACAGGCCACACGGUCGCCCGCCCGCAGAGGCCCCCGUCCUCCCCCGUCUGAGGCUCCGGGGCCCUCAGUAGAGCCUUCACUCGUCCCUGAGCGGGAACCCGGUGGCUCUCCGGGCCCCGAUGCGGCCCAGGGUUUGGAUUCGGGGGCCAGUUUUUCCUCAACUCCGCCCCUGGAGUUCAGCAGCUUUGUGGCCGCCUCUUCAGAAGUCCCCGCCUCUCCGCCCUGGGGGACACCGAGCCCUGUGGCAGCCUUGGUUUCUGGGGCCUUCUCUACCUUGGUUGAGGCCGCUGCGCAGGCCGUCCCUCACUCCACAGACCCCGAGUCUUCCCCGCUCUGGCCCAGUGCAGACCUUCCGCCGAGUACAUUCCCUUCCGUCCCCAGCUCCUCUGAGGCGACACUCCCCUCAGGCUUCCCUUCCGAUUCUCUCCUGUUCUCCCAGGCGUCAGCAGUUUCGCUGGCAGGUCCUGAAGCUCAUUUUACCUCAGCCCUCACUGAAACUACCUCCUAUUCUGGGUUGUCACCCGUUGCGCGUGACUCUGGGGUCGCCACCCUGGUGCCCUCCAGGGCGGAGCCCGCCCUUGACCUUCUGACUCGUGGGACUCCCUCACCGUCCCCUUUGACCGCUUUCCCUACGACACCCGUUUUAGCGGAGUCUCCUCUCUUUCCAACUCCGACGCCGUCCAGCGACGAGGUCAGUGCUACAGAUGGUCACACGUCCGUCUUACCCUCUUUCUCCAAAGCCAUUCCUAGCACCGCACCACUGGUCACCGAGGUGUACCCGUUGUCCGCCUCCUCCCUUGUUCCUGAGGCGAUCCCCUCCCCUCUUCCUACGGAGCCCAUGUUUGUGGGCUCAUCGUUCACACCCACAGAUUCACCGGUGAACACCCCCACUGAACCGAGCACAGCCAACACCACUGCUGCCCCCGAUCCUGCUGCUGGCAGCACCCCGAGCAGCACAGCUUCGAGUCACAACUCCCAGGAGAGCAGUUCGGCACGACCGCCCCCGUCCCUGUAUCCUGUGCCCACCUCCACUUCUGAAGCAACAGUGGAUGCUCCAGCCCUGGUCCCCACCAAGCCGCCAUAUGUGUGUGAUAUUACAGUUCCCGAUGCCUAUUUGAUCACAACUGUUCUGGCCAGAAGAGCUGUGCAGGAGUACAUAAUUACAUCCAUCAAAGAGGUGUUGAGGAUUCACUUCAACCGUGCGGUAGAGCUCAAGGUUUAUGAACUGUUCGCUGACUUCACGUUCCUGGUAACAUCUGGGCCUUUCGUUUACACGGCAAUAUCAGUCAUAAAUGUACUUAUAAAUAGUAAGCUUGUACGUGACCAAACUCCAUUAAUCCUGGCUGUGAAACCUUCCUUCCUUGUGCCAGAGUCCAGGUUCCAAGUUCAUACGGUUCUUCAGUUCGUGCCUCAGAGUGUGGAUACUGGCUUCUGCAACUUUACCCAGCGCAUCGAGAAAGGCCUGAUGAUAGCUCUUUCUGAAGUGAGAAAACACCACCAGGGGACGCAUAACCUCACUGUGCAGAUCUUGAAUAUCACCAUGGGUGCUUCACGGCCCGCUCCUCGGCGGGGCCCAGUCAAUAUCAUCUUUGCCGUCAGAGGUGCGCAGGGGUUUUUGAAUGGUACAGAAGUGAGCCAGCUGCUCAGGAACUUGAGCGUGGUGGAGUUCAGUUUCUACCUGGGAUACCCUGUGCUCCAGAUCGCCGAACCCUUCCAGUACCCACAGCUAAACUUAUCUCAGUUGUUGAAGUCCUCCUGGGUGAGAACAGUUCUCCUGGGCGUCGUUGAGAAGCAGCUCCAGAAUGAAGUGUUUCAGGCUGAGAUGGAGCGCAAGCUGGCCCAGCUGCUCAGUGAGGUGUCCACCCGAAGGCGGAUGUGGAGAAGGGCCACUAUUGCUGCUGGGAACAGUGUGGUGCAGAUGGUAAACGUGUCAAGGCUGGAGGGAGAUGACAAUCCUGUGCAGCUCAUCUACUUUGUGGAGGAUCAAGAUGGAGAAAGACUCAGUGCAGUCAAGUCUUCAGAUCUGAUUAACAAGAUAGAUAUCCAGAGAGCAGCCAUUAUCUUGGGUUAUCGAAUUCAAGGCGCUGUUGCCCAACCCUUGGACAGAGUGAAGAGGCCGUCCCCAGCGUCCCAGAGCAACAACCUCUGGGUCAUUGUCGGGGUGGUCAUUCCAGUGCUGGUGGUAAUGGUGAUUGUCAUCAUCCUCUACUGGAAACUCUGCCGCACGGACAAGUUAGACUUCCAACCUGACACGGUGGCCAACAUCCAGCAGCGUCAGAAGUUGCAGAUCCCUAGCGUGAAGGGCUUUGAUUUUGCUAAGCAGCAUCUGGGUCAGCACAAUAAAGACGACAUAUUGAUUAUUCAUGAGCCAGCGCCACUGCCGGGACCUGUGAAGGACCACACCACACCUUCUGAAAAUGGAGAUGUGCCGAGCCCGAAGGCAAAGAUCCCUUCUAAGAAUGUCCGUCACAGAGGAAGAGUUUCUCCCUCGGAUGCUGACUCUACUGUAAGUGAGGAGUCCAGUGAGAGGGAUGCAGGAGACAAGACGCCAGGAACGGUGAACGAUGGCCCAUCCCACAGAGCCCCACAGAGCGGGCCACCGCUGCCCAGUUCAAGCAAUGAGCAGCACUCGUCAGCCUCCAUCUUCGAGCAUGUGGACAGGCUCUCCCGGUCCUCGGAGGCCAGCCGGCGGGUUCCCAAUAAGAUUCAACUGAUUGCCAUGCAGCCCAUCCCCGCACCUCCGGUUCAGCACCCUGUAUUGGCCGACCGGGUGGCAGAAACCAACAAAAUUAACAAAGAGAUCCAGACGGCGCUGCGGCACAAGUCCGAGAUUGAGCACCACCGGAACAAGAUCCGUCUCCGUGCCAAGCGCCGCGGGCACUACGAGUUCCCAGUGGUGGACGACCUGUCCUCGGGUGACACGCGUGAGCGGCACCGCGUGUAUCGCAGGGCUCAGAUGCAGAUCGACAAGAUCCUGGACCCCACGGCCAGUGUGCCCUCAGUGUUCAUAGAGCCUAGGAAGAGCUCCAGGAUAAAACGGUCUCCCAAACCACGCCGGAAACACCAGGUCAACGGCUGCCCGGGAGAUGCUGAGAAGGAUAGACUCAUUACCACAGACAGUGAUGGCACUUACAAAAGGCCCCCCGGUGUCCAUAACUCUGCCUACAUUGGUUGCCCAUCCGAUCCCGACCUGCCGGCUGAUGUGCAGACACCAUCCUCAGCUGAGCUGGGGAGGUAUCCAGGCCUACCCUUCCCAGCCUCCCAGUACAUCCCGCCCCAGCCGUCGAUCGAGGAGGCACGCCAGACCAUGCACUCCCUCCUGGACGAUGCUUUUGCUCUUGUGGCUCCUAGCAGCCAGCCUGCCAGUGCUACGGUCACAGGCCCUGGGGUCCCAGCUGUCCUGCCCAUGAACAGCACCCCUUCCCGGGAUGAGAGGCGAGCCUCCCAGUGGGGGUCCUUCUACAGCUCUGCUCAGACGGCCAACAACCCGUGUAGCAGAUACGAAGACUAUGGAAUGACUCCUCCAUCAGGUCCAUUGCCAAGACCAGGUUUUGGCCCCGGGUUACUGCAAUCUUCAGAGCUGCUGCCUCCCGAGCCGCAGCAGCCACAGGCAUCGGCUGAAGCCCCGUUUGCCACCCGAGGGAUCUACUCUGAGGACGUGCCAUCGGUGGCCCGGCCACGACCUGUCGGGGGCACCACAGGUUCCCAGAUUCAGCAUCUGACACAGGUGGGAAUUGCAAGCAGAAUUGGAGCCCAACCAGCGGAAAUCCCACCAACCAGAGGUGGCCAGUAUGGAGGACCUGGCUGGACUUCAUAUGGGGAUGAUGAAGCUGGCCGUAGAGAAUCUACGCAUGUGCUUGGACAUCAAGAGUAUUCUUCACCGCUGUUCCAGGUGCCAAGGACUUCAGGCAGGGAGCCCUCUGCUCCUCCCGGAAACCUCCCGCACAGGGGGCUGCCCGGUGCGGGGCUGACUUACACCACCAGCUCCACAGAAGACCUCCAACCCGGCCACUCUUCGGCUUCACUCAUCAAAGCAAUCCGAGAGGAGCUGCUCCGGCUUUCCCAGAAACAGACCGCCGUGCAGAACUUCCACAGCUGAUCGGCCUCACCUUGCAAAUUUGCCAAGUAUCUGCUUCCUGUGGAAGCAAGACUAAAUGGAAAUCAACCAAGUGGGUGUUUGUAAGAGAACGCACAUCUCCUGGGCUAGGUGCCCAUGUAAGGGAGCAAGGUGCAAUUCUAGAGGAUGCCAUAGUCAUGUGACAGGUCAUGAUGCUUUCAAUAAGUUGGCAGUUUUUUGACCACUUGGGUUUCUGUCGAAAUUUAUGUACUUUUGGCCAAAAGCCAGCAGCACUUCGUGAAGGCAAACCACAAACCGAAACUAACAAAAAUCACUAAAUUAGUCUCCUUUUUAAAGGUAAAAGAUGGAAAUGUGUAGAUGGCAUAGGGAUUAAUGGAAUCCAGCAUUUCUGGGGGAAGAUGUGUUUCAGCCUGGUUUGUAUGAUGAACUUGCUGCUUUGUUUUAUGAGAAAAGAGAUUUGAAGACAUUUUAUUAACGGCUUGAUUUCCCUCUUUUUCUCCAUAGGAACUUAUUUUAAUAGUCACAUUAACAACAAAAAUACUAAGACUGUUUGGGAAUUUUAAAAAGCUACUAGUGAGAAACCAAAUGAUAGAUUGUAGAGCCUGAUGAUUCCAAAAGAAGCCAUCAUCUGCAUUUUUUCCUUCUACUUCUGGUGCUAUAGCUCCGAGGGCCCCUUCACCUUUAUGUCUAUGAAAUGCAACUUUGGCUUUUUCAAUGGAAGAAUAUGUUGAAGAUUUCAUUUUGUCGUAGAAAGAAAGAAAGAAAGGAAAAAAGAAAGAACAAAUGAACGAACCUCCCAAAUGGGGGGCUCCAGGGGAAAGCUUAAUAUUUAUUUGGUUAUUAAAAAAUACAUAUUGGAGUUUAGAUUUACAUUCUUAAUUGUAUUUGCUGUUAUUAAUUGGGCGCAUGCAACUACAGACAGCAUCCCAUUUCAGUGCAUGCCAUUAUUAAGAUCAGUCCUAUAGAAGGAGGCUUUCUGGAGGUCCUUACUAAGCCUUGCACUUGGCUGAUGAGUUGCUCAAAAAUUAUGUUUGAAUGAGAAAUCUUACAUGAGCAAAAGUUAUUUAUAAAAACCACCAGGGCCAACAAAUUGUUAUUCAUGAGUACAUUUCUAAUAAUCACCUUCUCUGUGUUCAAGACCUGAAAAUGAAAAAGAGUUCAGUCCAGCCUCUGUAAUACAUCAAGAAAUGUAAAGAAGAGCUUUGAGGACCACAAGGGAAAGGAGAGAGUUGCUUCUGAUUUCUGAUUUUAUUGUGCAUGACCACUGGGUGACUCUUAAAACCAUCUUAUGCACUUGGGGCCUGACAGAGGGUAUCAUCUUGUCUUGAGAUUCACUCCUGAAGUUAGCAUUUCCUUACUUCCCCAGUUAAAGAAUAUAAUAACAAGGGCCUUUCUGUUUUAUGAUACCUAGUGAAGCUCAGAAGAAAAACAGAUAAUGGGGUUUCUACUAUGAAUCCUUUCUUGUUAGGCCCACUAAUACUUUUAAUUAACAAUUCAGGGCUCUGACAAAUCAAAAUCUGUAUUGAAUUCUAAGAACCCCGUAACAGCUAAAAUAGGUUUCCAUAGGGUAAUUGUUGGGGACCAGAAUCAUGUUUUAGCACUUCUUCAAUGAAGCCUGUCAGUCUUCUGUUACAGGCAGUGUUGGUUCUGGGCAGUUAAAUGUAGCCUCUUUUUAUCUGUGCCCUCUGAAAGAGGGGAGGGAUGCAGGAGAGUAAGUCUUUCAUGGAUGUGAAAGGAAUGGAAAUCCCUUUUCAGGCAGUCCUCGCAGGCUCCAAGGACUGUGGGAGAUAAGACCACUUUCUGAACUUGAUUUCUUAUCUCUUGGUCUUGGUUUAAUAUCAGACUCUCCCCAAAGUGGAGGAUUAUCUUUGCAUGUCACUCAAAAAUACCAGGUUUCCUGAAUAUGUUAAGAAUUUCAGAUACCCAAGCAGAAUCUCAUUGUGGACACCUUACAGUGAAUUCAGAUCUUGUGACAGCAAGUGGAAUAAAUGCAGGCCCCUCCUCCCAUUCUGCUCAGUCUCAUGUUUCGCACACUUGUGUACUAAGAAUGGUUACUUCCUCUAUACAUCACAGAAAUGGGCAUCUCUUUUCCAGAGGGCUGUGGUAGUGAUUUUGAUGCCUUUCAGACUAGCAUGAAAGGGUUCAACCUGUAUUGUUAAGCUUAGAAUUGAUAGGCUUUUCAACGAAUGUCAUGACCAAAGAUAGCAUAUGAUAACCAGUGGUGUGUGGUGUGGUGUGAGCAGGCUCAUGGGAUCACCAGCACUCUUGUGUUGAUUAUAAAGCACACUCUGCACUUGUUUUCUCUAAAUACCUGCAGCAGUUUUACCUGUCACCAAACUUGGGAGAGACUAACUGUCAUGGGGAGCACCACACCUAGAUGGGUCUUUGAACACUCAGUUAACGUGAUCUAUUUAAAAGAAAGGUCCUCAUGUUGAUCACGUAUGGCUUUGGAGUUCCAUUAACUGAAGCACCCUAAAGUGAAAAGUUUUGUGUGUAUUCUCUUUUCCUAGUUUAAAAGUUGGUGGUAAUAAUGCAGAUUAUAAAGUUGAGUCAGAAUUUCAGAGAAGGUUAGAGAUCGUUUUCAGAGCCUGCUUUGUCACUAGCUUGCUACGUCAGGUACCUUCCUGAACAUGUUUCUCCCCAUCAGCCAAAUGAGGACAGAGACUCUCUUUGUCUACCUCCCAGAAUUUCUUCUUUCAAGAUUCAGAUGUGAUCUUAUGAGCAAAUAACCCUUGAGGAGGGUGCACAAAGCUUGGUGAAAUGUAAAACGUUAUCUGUAUGAUUGCACUGGAAUUAGUCUGAUAUGCUGUGAUCCACCAGUGAGUGACUUUGCAUGGAGGUAACCAGAGCAAAAUUAAGGGUUCCAUGUGACUCCUCCCUCUUUCCCAAUUUGCUUGAAAUUCACAUUCUUCAUCCUUAACUUUAAAACAGCAUUUAUCAAACAUCUUUCUGCACCUGACUUUUUGCCGUUUCUAGCACCAAAAAGUCAACAUGAGCCCUGUCUUCUAGAGCUUAGAAUCUAAGACAGCACGGCUGGGUAUAAAAGACAGAAGCUACAGAUACAUAAUAUGGUGUGAACAUCAAUAAGAUUUACUGGAAAAAAAAAGAUUUACUGAAAAUACACAGGUGCAUUGGGUACUCAGAAGAAGGGAAGUUGCACAUUUGGAAACCAUGGGCUCCUUGGGGAGAAGCCUACUUCAGAAGCUACUAUAAUGAAGAUGGGGGAGCUGGUGAGAUGGCAAGGGAAGAGCUGGGGGUGAGUCUAGGUAAGGAUGGAAAAGUGGGCAAAGCUGUCCUUGAAAAUGAACUUGAUCCAGUGCAAUAUGGAAAAAGAAUCCCAAACUGCAUUGUUUAGGGAGUGCAAGAGGAGGAAAAGGAGCUGUGAGGAUGUGUUCACAAUAAUAUGGCAAGAGUUUGUGAAGAAAGUCUGCACAGCAAGAGAUCCAGUCUGAAGGAGGGAAGAGCAGGAUACCAAGAACUGCUGGAGGAUCAAUUGUAAAGUAUGAAAAUAUUGUAAGAAUUCCACCAAGGUUUUAUUGUGUAGGGCAGCUCUCUGUGGUCAGCCAUUCAAACACAUUAAAUCCUUUGUGGAGCAUAGUAGGUUAUAAAUAAACAUGUUCCACUUCUUUGUAGCUAUCUAUACAGUUUUCUCCGAAUUUUAUUUAACUUUAGAAUAUGUUUUGAUUUUGGGGGGACAUGGCUUUUGAGCAGCAGCAGACUGAGCGGGUUUUGCCAACCGGAUUUACAGGACAUGAGGCCUGUGAUGCAAAGCACAGGUGAAGGUGCACCUGAAGGCUUUGGGCCAAAGCAGGUAAUUUUGUGCUUUUAUGAGCCUCCCAUUUAACUGUGUACAGGGUCAGUGUUUACUGCAUUGUACUUCUUCAUGCUCCAGUGGCAACCCAGUCACUUGGACACUGAUUUGCAUUUGCAGUAAUCCAUGUUAAUCAUUAACGUCUCUUUCCCUUUUCAUACUAGAUUCUUAGACAUGAAUGAAUUUGCUGGUUGAAAGGAAAGCUGGUUAAGGUUCUGGGCAGGCGAGAAGAGGGGCUCCAGUCUUAACUACCAUACUAACUUCAGCUCGAGGUGAGCUUUAGCCAUUCCAUUUCUACCUCCAAAGCCAGUCUCCAGAGCCUGCUUAUCCACAUUUGUCCCUGACAGGAGCGUGAGGGAGUCCACUUCUGUACCUGCACACUGACCAUUUAAUCACAAAACACAUUUUUAUGGAAUGGUAACUUGAACUUCGUUUUUACAUUUAAUCCAACACAUUAAUGGAUAUUCUUAUAACAGGUGAGAGGGGUUCCUAAGAGCAACUGCUGUAAUAUACUCAUAAAAUGUAAUAGGCUCACACUUACUACCUAAUGAAUAAGGAAUGUGUAUGUUUUAGGUUUCUUUUGAUAUUCUUGGAGGUGACUUUUGAGUGUUUAGGACUCCUCUCUCUAGUAUUAAAAAGACUUGAAAACUGAAACCUCACGGUACGAUCCUAUUUCCAUGCUUGUGUGUGUUAACAGUACAUUUGGGAAUUUAUCUUAACAUGCAGCAGCAUUGAAAUUUAGGACAAGAAUAUUAAAUGCUUUUGGAAACAUGAAACAAAGUUAGGAACCAGCGAACAAGUGAGAGAAGGAAUGAAUUUCUCAAUCUGAGGUGGUCUAGUCCAAAUUAGUUUCCCACAGGGUAGUUAUGCAGGCUCCUUGCUUAUCCUUCUUCCAGGUUUUAAUGCUCUCGGGCCAUUUCACAUUUCAAGAAAGAGUGAAUGGUAGAAGGGACAGAGAUAAAAAUUGAAAUGAAUCGCUCGGUCCCUAAUUCCACAAAACCUUUCUGGACAUCUUGGAGUAUCAUGAAGGGUCUCAUGCCGCUGUUUCAAGCAUUCAUGGCUUGACUCCCUAAGUAUGCAAGUUAGGAAUAGUACAGGGCCAAGUUUAAGGCAGACACCCAGUACUAUUCCUCUUGUUCAUGUUGGGAAAGAAGGAGAGGAGGCUCCACUGAUUAAUGCACUUGCUCUAAACACCAGAGGGCUCAUUUGAGAAGGAGGGGGUAAGAACUCAUCUUGGCCUUCCUCCAGAGCAUCUUCGAGGGAGCAUGGAGAUUGGGCCCAUUGCCCUUGCAGGAAAGGUGGCUCGGCAGAGCUGCUCCAGGAUGCCUACUUGUCUCCUGCUUGGUCAAGGUCCAUGUUCUUCUGACUCUUCCUGCAUUCUCAUUCCUGAAUUGUGAGUGCUAAUGUACGAAAAUAUGCAGACUAAAUUGAGGCCACUCGUGGCAUCAGUACUGCAACUUGAAUUUGACAAUCAUGGUUUGCUGGUCUCAAACGGGCACUUAAAUUUCAGUGUGGGUAUAUGAUUUAGUAAUCGAACCCUCCUUUCUAUUUGUUGGUUAUGUUUCUACCCUUCAAUUAGCUGCCCUGUUUUCUAAUGUGCUGUAGAGUUUUUGAAAUAAUUUAUGCAAGUGUUUGGUUUCCAUGUUUACAAUUUAUACUGCUUUCCUAGCAUUUUAAAUGGAAAUGUCAAUAAAUGCUAUGAAUUGGUGUCCAAA